AUGACCACCCAGGCCUUGCAACCGUUGGACAGGGAUGAUUCCUCUACGGAGUCGGCUGGAAUGAUCGAGGUGCUCGCAAGGCAUUUCUUCGGUCUUGAGACCGACGACAGCGUGGGAGUGGAUGCAGCACAGGAGGUGGAGAUGAGCAAGCUCAUCCAAUGGGCUGGCCAGGUUCUUGGCACGAGCCUGGAGCAUGGUGUGGUGCACCUGACAGGUGCCGUUGCUGCUGCAGUAGCAGCAGGUGUGCCUGGGAAUCCUUACGAGUGUGAGGCUGUGCUUCGCGAUGUGGUUCCGGCCGUCAAUGAGGCGAUGGCCCAGCUUCGAGAGUUCAAGGUAGCACAGGCCAAGACACAAGAAGUGCGCAACUCUGUGUGCAAGCAGGGGGAAACGAUGAUCCUCAAGCUCAAGCAGAAGCUGGAGGAAGGUGAGAUUUCGGAGGAUGACCUGCACCAACGGUGCAAGUCUGUGACUGUGUGGCAGUCAAAGAAAGACUCCGACCUGGAUGUGAGCAUGGGAGACCUGGAGGCAAAGGACUCCACCCAGACGACAAAGACCGAUGGCUCCAUGCUUGCUGCCUCCAACCAGACGACGCAGACCCAUGGCUCCAUGCUUGCUGGCUCCAACCAGACGACGCAGACCCAUGACUCCAUGCAGCUUGAGAUGCAUGCAGCGGCAGUGGCCGAGGCAGAGUCCUUGCAAGGGGGUGCCCAGACGGCUGAGGUGGCUGAGGCCCCGAAGAGACAGGGUGCAAUCUACAGGGCCAUCGAGGAGGGUCUGAUCGAUGAAAUCCUACGGCGCCCAGAGAGCUUUCAGAUCCAGGAGGCGACCUUGAAGCGCAAGGAGAACGAGACUUAUGAGGAGCACAUUUUGCGUAUUGCGCACAAUGUGUACAUGAAGUUCAACCGCAGCACAAAAAGCAAGGCCUGCCCUCCCGAAGUGAUCGAUGCUGCGAAGAAGGCCAGGAGCGCUGGUGGGAAGAUCGAGAAUUUGUUCCUCGAUUACCUGAGAUGCAGCGGCAACUGGCUCAGCAGUACACUCGUUAUGCAGACCAAGCGGGUGAAGGACAAGGAGUUGAAGAUGGAAGAAGCCUAUAUCAUGUUUAAAGACCUCAAGCAGAAGCACGGGUCAUUGAUGGCCAAAUCGAUCAGAGAUGAAAAGCGGGCGAUGCAAGAGGCUCUCGACAAAGAUCCCAAAGCUGACCCGGACACUUUGCCCUGGGUCCUUGCUCAUCCGGAUCUUCCGGGUUCCGAAGCUGAGGAGUACAAGAAGCUGCGCAAAGCAGGCAAGGGUGGCUUCGCGAACCAGGUCAAAAAUAAGACGAAGCUUGUGAACGACAAGAUCGAGGACUUGGAUGCCGUGCAAGAUGUGCUUCAGGCCAAGCCGCCACACAUGUCGGAGCCUUUGCGCAAGGGCUACAUGGAGGAGCUCCAGCUGCAUCGCGAGGCAAUGCUGACGUCCUUGCAGAAUCUGAAGGCUGAUGAGCUAGAGGACAGCCCGGAGAAGCAGCAAGCAUGCUUGGAGGCCCUGGCUGAAGUGCUGAAGGCAUACCAGGACGCUGCAUCCAUGAUCAAGAAGAAGGACCUCAGCUUUUGUGGAGCUGCUGCGAUGCUGCGGCAUGGACACAAGGAUAUGGGGCCGGGACUACAGUGGGUAGAGGCUGCUGGAGGAAAUUUGGGCCUCGUGGGAAACAAGCUUCGGCGUGCCGGCUGUGACGGCAAGCACCCCUCGAACAUAGAGCGUGACAUGCUACGCGCGGCAACGAAAUCUAUGGGCUCUGACACGUGGCUUGAGAUUUCAAGCUUUUGCAGCUUCGCUUUCGAUUCUGGGGCCAUCUUCAUUAACAGAGAUCUAAUCCGAGGUUCCUAUGUCCUAUGUUCGGGUCCCGAUGCGGACCUCGAUGUCGGAUGUUGUUGGUUUCGGGCAUACCUGAAACUUGGAAGGACAAUGCCUGUUAUCCUGCCUCAUGAUUUGCUUGCCUUCAUGCACAGCAAUGGAAUGCAGGAGAUAGACGAAGGGGCUUGUCGCAAGCACUGGGAACAUCUUACCAAAUUUACAUCGUGGGCAGCCGGACACCCUUGCAACACUGAGCCCACGUCCAGUUCCCAGCUUCCAGUUGCAACAUUCUUGUAUGGCGAUGAUAUCAAGCAUAGCCAGAACGAAAAGUUGACGGUGAUGUAUCUGGGCUACAGUUUGGCCGACAAGAAGAUGGACUCCAUGAAAAGCCAUUUUCCACUAUUUGUGAUACGUGAGGUCAUCCAAUCACUGAAUGCAGCCAUGCGCGGCUUCUGGCCAAGCACUCCGCUGCUCACCUCGGAUGGCAGUGUGGACUCUGCUGUUCCACUCUCACAGCAGCCUUUGGUGGUUCACAACGGCAAUGUGUGCCGCUUUCCGGUCACCGAGAUCCGCG